GUUUAUACGUGAAAUCUCGCAAAGAUGAGUAACAGUGUAUUAAACAUUCCUCAAGAGUCAAAUCUGAGCGGUAUAAAUCGUAAUUCUAAAAGAAAGCGAACAAUACAAUAUGAUACAUUCGAUGGAGUUGAAUUUAAAGAGACUGCCAUUAUUCCAAGGAGUAACACAUUGUGUAUGCUACCUCAUUCAGCAACUUGGGAAGUGAUUAUAAUAGCCAGCAUAAUUAUCAACGUGCUUUUUCAAUGUAUAGCAAUCACAUACCAUCAAGUUGCUGACAAGAAAAAUAGUGCUUUCUACUUUAUGCAGUACACAAUGGAAGUGUUGUACAUUCUGCAUUUGUUCUUCACAAUCCUACAUCGGAAUUUUUCAAUACAUAAAAACGAUUAUUGUUCCAAGAAAAUGCCAUUUAUGCAUUUGUUUAUUGGAUUCAUUACCAUUAUACCAAGCUACGAAUUUUAUGAGUAUCUCUUGGACAGAGAGCCGUACAUAUAUUUACAGACAAUUUUAAACCUCAAAGUGGUUGUCAGAUUGAUUCAUGUUUAUUUAUUCUUCUCUCGAUGUCGUGUUGAGUGUGAAUUAAAUAAAUUGACGAUUACUUUUAUGGAAAGUUUCUAUAUAAACUCCAUAUACAUUUGCUUGGUUGCCUGUAUUUUCGGGUGGUUUGGUUGCAGUGGCUGUGAAUUUUCCAAUUGGACUACACACUUACAAGAUGUUGUCUAUGAUUUUAAAGACAUCCGAGAACGCUUGAUCUAUCCAAUGAUGUUUGUUGGAAGUUUGCUUUUGGGCAAUUACAGUGGAAUUAUUAUUCCUGAAACCAUCCCAGAAAUUGUCUGUGUUUUCGUUACUCUGAUGGCCAGUCUCAUAUUAAAGAUAAACUUUAUGUUGGCUAAUUUCAUCGCUGAGUCUGUGCGCUCAUAUCGGAGAAACAGCAAGUUUAAAAUGCGAAUGAAGAAAAUUCAAAGCUACAUAGAAUUUGAGCAAUUGAGCAAAACUCUAAAGACUGAUAUAAUGGAGUAUUAUAACGUUUUGUGGACAAAAAGAGCUGGGAUAACAAAUUUAAAUCCAUCGUUUCUUAAGUUGAUACCAUUAUCAUUAAAAAAUGAGGUAACAAUGGAUUUAGGCUGGGAUGCUAUAUCACAUUCACAUUUAUUCCGCGAUCAGAAAUUAGCAGUAAAAACUGCAGUUGCAAAAUUGAUGGUAAGUCGCUUCAUGGUAAAAGACGAUGUCAUUUACGAUUCGGGCGACUUAAAAAGCUGUCUCAUCUACAUUGUUUCUGGCAUAGUGCAAUUGCUCUCCGAGGAAGAUAAUGAAAGUCCCAUUUUGUCAUUUUCAUCCGGAACAGUAUUCAGCGAAUGUUCCUGUCUUAUGUUAAGUCAUUGCAAAUACAAAUUGCAAUGUGCUUCGUAUUGUGAACUGCGUGUCCUGCAUUUAACCGACUUUUAUCGCGGUAUGACCUUAUAUAAGGAUAUCAUCCGUAAGUGCCGUCAAAUGUUGCGUGCACGGUUGCAAUUUGCCAGAACGCUUCGGCGUAGAAAGAAGAUAGAUUUGGCCGAGAGACACUCAUCUCGACCGAUCCGUCGUAUUAAGUUAUACUGGCAUAAUAUUCUGCAAGGCUGGCCAAUUAUUGAUAACUAUCACACGUCAAAGUAUAUGGACUUGUUUGCAAUUAUAAAAAACACUGAUUUGAAAGUUGAAGUGGUUUGUCUAACAUCAAAAUUCCCAUUGAUUAUGGAUCCGUACUCAUCUUUCCGAAGAUUCUGUAGUGUGUGUGUUCUUGUCGCAUGUUUAAUUCAAACAAUUAUCAUUCCAUAUUGUGCCGCUUUUCGUCGGGAACUGCACCCAGGACUCCGAAGCUUCCUAUUUCUACUUGACAUCAUUUACGUUUUAGAUAUUUACAUGCAGAUUACUACCGCCCUUAUGCAAAACGACAAUAUGCUUACGAAGUUUUCCACUAUUAUGAUAUAUCGCAUUCAGCAAUGGACGUUUCUCGUCGACGUUUUUGCCAUUUUACCGGUUGACUAUAUUUACUGGUCGCAAGGAUGCUCUCCAAGAGUAUUUAUUAUGCUCAAGAUACCACGCAUUUUCAAAAUUUACAAAUUAAUCAGAUUUAUACGAAAUUUCGAAACAAGUAUGGUAAAUGUGAAUGGGAUAUUCAUUAUUCUGGUUAAAUAUUAUCUGAUGUGGCUUAUUUGUGUCUAUGUCUUUGCUUGUUUAUUCUUUGUACGAAGUUGCUACACACCGAAUUGUGUCCCGUACUCAUGGUAUCCAUAUAAUCUGGAAUUAUCAAACCAAACCCAAACUGAUAUCAAACCAGUAAUGUCAUCACUGCUUUUUGUGGCCAAUAUAUUGUCGAAUGGAAAGAAAAUUGCUUACUCAUAUGACUAUGUGGAUAGUACGUUGACUUUAUUCCUCAUAAUUAUCGCCUACUAUUUGAUACCAAUGGCCACGUCAGAAUUAACUGCAAAUCUUUAUUGGAAGAUGAAAGAUGUUGCACAGUACAAAAUAAUCACCUCUUCAGUGUUGGACUACGUCCGCAUUCAUAAACUAAAACAAUCGGUGGUCACUCGUGUGGCGAAUAUGUUGAAUUUUCGAUGGGAUCAUUCUCGAGGCUUGAUCGAGCUAUCAGCCAGUGAGUUUCUUCGAGAAUUGCCAGUUAAGCUGGAAGAACGUGCACGUGAAGAGAUGAUCGGCCAAUAUUUCGAUAAGCAAGUUUUAUUUCAAACACUACGAGACACAGUGCGAAAACGAAUUGUUUCCACUGCGGACCUGAUAUCAUAUCCGGAAGGUGCAACAAUUAUCGAUUCCAACAAUAUAAUCUCACACAUAUAUAUCAUUAAAAGGGAGUAUGCAAGGCAACGUCUGUGGUUCCCGGCGAUGAGGAACGAAAUACCCAAGAGAAGAUUUUUUCGGCCGGAGCAUGUUUUCCUGUCGUGGAUCUUCUGCAUGCAGUGCCGUCCUUUUUGA